CUCAGUCAGCAGAUGGCCGCAGAGCUGAGCCUCAGUCCGGCUCCCGGCUCUCUCCUCAUGGCUUCUCCGCAGAAAAAUCCGCGACACAUUUUGUCAGCAGCCACCGAGCAUGGGUCCCUUUGGUAAUAGAAUAGCCAAUGUAAUUUGACACUUCAACUUACUGCGCUCUCUCCGAGUCUAUUCAGUUACUCACCCACUGACGUUGAGCCCAUUCUCAGUGGCCGUGAGGGGGGAAGAUAUUUAAAAACAAGAGCCGAAAAUUACCGAGGACUUUCUCCGCUUUGUAACCCGGGGCAGAAGACGUGAGGCGCUGAAGUGUUUGUCCUCCUGGUGUGUGAAUGGGUGGGGGGGUCCUGCGUGGUGGAGAAUCAAGGAUUGAAGUCAUCACAGUUGGCUGAUGUCUGAAGGUUGCAGGGCUGGUCAGGAACGCUUCAGUUUAAUGGCUGGCAGGUAGAGGCCGAAGAGGGACAAUCAACAUGAACUCCAUUCCGUCUAUGGACAGACACAUACAGCAGACAAAUGACCGUCUGCUGUGCAUCAAACAGCACUUACAAAAUCCAGCAAAUUUCCACACAGCAGCGACAGAGUUGCUGGACUGGUGUGGUGACCCCCGAGCCUUCCAGCGCCCCUUCGAGCAAAGCCUGAUGGGAUGCCUAACGGUGGUCAGCCGGGUAGCAGCGCAGCAAGGCUACGACUUGGACCUGGGCUACCGGCUCCUGGCCGUGUGCGCUGCCAACAGGGACAAGUUCACUCCAAAAUCAGCAGAAACCAGCUGCUGCAGGAGGUGUCAGUCUGACUCAGCUCUUCUGUCCUCGUGGUGUGAGGAACUUGGACGCCUCCUCCUCCUCCGUCACCAGAAGAGCAGGCAGAACGAGCCUCCGGGAAAAGUGCCCAUGCAGCCCCCCAUGAGCUCCAUGAAGCCCGGCCUCUCACACGGCAGAGAUGGGUCUUUCCCCUACGACUCAGUUCCCUGGCAACAGAACACCAAUCAGCCUCCAGGUUCGUUGUCGGUGGUUACCACCGUCUGGGGCGUGACCAACACGUCGCAAAGCCAGGUGUUGGGGAACCCCAUGGUGAACAACAACAACAUGAACCCUGGGGGCAACCCAAUGGGAUCGGGUAUGUCUGGGAACAAUCCCGGGAUGAACUCCCCUCAGUUCUCCGGUCCUCAACAGCAGUUCCCCAACAAAGGCAACUCCAACCAGGGCUACAUGCAGCAGGGCAUGUACGGACGACCCAACUACCCUGGAGGAGGGGGCUUUGGUGGCAAUUACCCUGGAGGGCCUAACGGUGGACCCGGAGGAAUGGGCAUGCCUCCACACUCCCGCCCUCAGUCAGACUUCACCCAGCCUGCCGCUGCUGCCGCCGCCGCCGCAGUUGCUGCCGCUGCCGCCACGGCAACCGCCACGGCCACAGCGACAGUAGCUGCCAUGCAGGAAACCCAGAACAAGGACAUGAGUCAAUAUGGACCGAUGAGUUCCUCUUUCCAGAUGGGACCAAACCAGGCGUACAGCAGCCAGUUCAUGAACCAGCAAGGACCCCGCGGCCCUCCGUCCAUGCCUGGGAACAUGGGCGGUGGCAUGAACCCAUCCAACAUGAGCGGGCCCCCCAUGGGAAUGAACCAGCCCAGGGGCCAAGGCAUGGGGCCUUUCAAUGCCCACGGCCAAAGGAUGCCCCAGCAAGGCUAUGCAGGACCCCGGCCUCAGGGCAUGGGUAUACAGGGCAUGAAAAGGCCGUACCCAGGGGAGCCAAACUAUGGUGGGCAGCAGUAUGGACAAAACGGCCAGUUCCCUACCCAGCAGGGACCAUACCCCACACCCAACCCCUCGAGGCCGAUGUCAUCCCCCACUUACCCCGGCCAGAGGAUGCCAGGACAGCAGCUGCAGGGUCAAUACCCGCCCCCCAGUGGUGUCAUGGGCCAAUACUAUAAGCAAGAGCCACCUUUUAAUGGCCAAACAAAUAACUUCUCUGGGAGUGGAUAUCAGUACAGCCAGGGUAAUAUGAAUGGGCCUCCCAGACCGGUGGGUAACUACCCUCACUCCCCAGUGCCAGGCAACCCCACCCCUCCAAUGACCCCAGGAAGUAACAUCCCUCCAUACCUGUCGCCAAACCAGGACGUGAAACCACCCUUCCCUCCGGACAUCAAGCCAAAUAUCAACGCUCUCCCUCCCCCUCCAGCCAACCAGGAGGAGCUGCGGCUGACGUUCCCAGUGCGGGACGGAGUAGUCCUUGAGCCCUUCAGGCUAGAGCACAACCUGGCUGUCAGCAACCACGUCUUCCACUUACGGCCCUCGGUACACCAGACGCUCAUGUGGAGAUCGGACCUGGAGCUGCAGUUUAAGUGCUACCACCAUGAAGACCGUCAGAUGAACACCAACUGGCCGGCAUCAGUCCAAGUCAGCGUAAAUGCCACACCACUCACCAUCGAGCGGGGCGACAACAAGACCUCCCAUAAACCCCUGCACUUGAAACACGUAUGCCAACCAGGAAGGAACACGAUCCAGAUCACAGUAACUGCCUGCUGUUGUUCGCACUUGUUUGUGCUGCAGCUUGUCCACAGGCCAUCAGUCCGCUCUGUCCUCCAGGGCUUACUGAAGAAGAGGCUUCUGCCUGCAGAGCACUGCAUCACCAAAGUUAAGAGGAACUUCAGCAGCGUAGCAGCGUCAUCGGGGAACCCGACGCUCAACGGAGAAGACGGCGUGGAGCAAACAGCUAUUAAAGUUUCCCUCAAAUGUCCAAUCACCUUCCGGCGAAUACAGCUUCCAGCAAGAGGACAUGACUGCAAACACGUUCAGUGUUUCGAUUUGGAAUCAUAUUUACAACUGAACUGUGAGCGGGGUACAUGGCGAUGUCCUGUAUGCAAUAAAACAGCGUUGUUAGAGGGACUCGAAGUUGACCAGUAUAUGUGGGGAAUCUUAAACGCGAUCCAAAACUCGGAGUUUGAGGAGGUGACCAUCGACCCGACGUGUAGUUGGCGGCCGGUGGCGAUUAAAUCUGAUAUCCACAUCAAGGAGGAUCCGGAUGGACCGCUGGCCAAAAGGUUUAAGACUAUGAGCCCCAGCCAAAUGAUCAUGCCCAAUGUGAUGGAGAUGAUAGCUCAGCUCGGCCCGGGACCGACACCGUACCCGUUAUUAUCUUCCCAGCAAGGCGGCAACAACAGUGAAUACGGCAGCCAAGGCAACAGUUACCAUGGGAGCUUUGACUUCCCCCACGGCGCCCCUGGUGGUACAUCGAUGAACGACUUCAUGCACGGCCCCCAGCUGUCUCACCCCCCCGACAUGCCCAACAGCCUGAUGAGCCAGGACAAGCCGCUCUCACACAACAUGCCCGACUCGAUACCUCACUCUGUAGGCAAUGACCAUUCGCAUGGUCCUCUGCAGAGCUUACAUGCAUCUCCACAUCCUGGGAGCCAAUCAGGGCAGCAGCUACACCACAACGGUCCUCCUCAGCCGUCACGACAAGCUCCGCCUCCUCAGCAACAUCAGCAACAUCAGCAACAUCAGCAACAUCAACAACAUCAGCAACCGCCCGGCCCCAACAACCAUCCCCACGGCGACCUGUCCUUUAACCCCUCGAGUAGUUUGGACAGCCAAGGAGUGUCGGACAUGCCCGAGCCUUCUUUAGACCUUCUUCCAGAGCUUGCUAACCCAGAGGAGCUGUUGUCGUACCUGGACCCCCCCCGACCUUCCCAGCAAUAGCAACGAUGACCUUCUAUCGCUCUUCGAAAACAACUGAGGCAAAUCAGACACAAACUUUUCUGACUGCCUGCAGUUUCCCCCGAGAACACCGGGCGGUCGCUCAGUACUUGAUAAACACAAAGAUGCACUCCCUUUCACUUCUUCCUCUUGUACAGUUUUCAUUGGCCAGCACAGAUUGACUGAAAGAGGUUCAAACUCCAAGAAACAGUGGGAUGUGAGGGGGGGGUUCCUCUCACAAUGUGGCGAUACUUUUGAACUGUGCAGCUAUACUCAGUUGGUUUUUUUACGCCACACACAGGUGUAUGUGUGCACAUUAGGAUCGUGUUGUAGCAUUUUUUUAUCCAUGUUUUGUGUCCUUUUGAGAAGAAAAAGGAAUUCACUGUAUAAAACAGAAAAAUAACUGAAAAAACCUGCGCUAUCUGGCCAGUGUGCGCUAAAUCCAUUUUGUUAUUCCAAACUGAGAGGCCACAGCUUCCUGGUGUCACAACUCCAUUCCCUGACUGGUCUUGUUAGCCGCACUGUUUGUCCACCACACAUCAUUUAAAAGCACAAGAGAUUUUGGCAAUGCAAAAAUAAAAAUCAGUCUUUACAAAAAUAAAAAAGGUCACUAAGAUCAGCCCUAUCUGUCCUUAUUUUUUAAAUGUUUUGGUCAAAAGGGUUUUGGGGAAUGAUUGGCUUUGUCUACAAUUGUGAUAUAUACAUAUUUUUGUCACCCUAAGGGAUGACAGCUGGAAGGUUUUUGGCCCCACUAAAACAGAAACAACGUUUAUAUUGCAUACCAAGAAUACCUUCUACAUAUUGUACAGUUAUCAUCCUCCUGUGCAGAGGAGUGACUUUAAUGGAAAUAAAAGAGAGAUCAGGGUUCCUGUAAAGAUUCUGCUGCGUUUAUCGCUACCUGCUACGACUCCUUCCAUGCCGUCUGCUUUGCAUUUUUGCAACAUUGCAUCUCUCUCCCUGUUAAAUGAUAUGCUGUUAAAGUAGUCUACAAAGUGCAUGUGUGCCAAGCCCUUGUCUAGUGAUGUUCCAAGUGGUUAAAAAAAAAGAUAGUGUGGUUUUUAUCAGUUGCUGUUUCCAUGGCUCUUUUUGUUUGUACAUUUGUUUUUGAUUUCUGUCAGAUUUAGUAUGAUUUAUUUAACACUAACAUUGAAGGGAUAAUGCUGAUAACAGCGAUACAUUCAUCAUGUAUUUGCUGGAUAUAAUGUAUUAUGUUUGUUUAUUUUCUUGUUUUUGUUGCUGCAAAAUUAAACUAUCCAUAAAUCGUUUGGGAAACUGCUCAAAAUCACCAAAGGUAGAGGGAUGAGGAUAAGGAGGUUUGUGUUUGCUUGGUCCUGUGUGUGACUGUGAGUGUGUGCAUGUGUGAGUGUGAGACUAUGUGAGUGUGUUUUUUAUUUUAUUGGUGUGAAGGGAGGAAAUAUUGAUUUCAAAGAUAUAGGGGAGGGAAAAAAGCAGUUUAUCCAUCAAUGCUGUUCAAGAAGUGAUUUUUAAAGCAGUAUUGGUGCAGACCUUUUGCCACAUUUGUUUUCAAAUUCACUUUGGAGAAGAGUGCUGUUCAGUAUGCAAAUGUAUUAUUUUUUAAGAAAAGCUAUUGUACUGUAAAUAUCAUUGUGAAUAUUUUUGUAUCAUCUUGAUAAUGUUUGUCCUUUGAUCAUUAGUCGUCCGACCUAACAACGUAUGCUCCCAGACUCCCACCUAACCACUGACUUUGUUUGUAACCAGCGUACGACAUCUCUCUCGCAUCCUUGUUGUGAGGAAGCCAGUCUAAAUGUCUCAUAAGCUAUUUCCUGCAGGUCGCGUCCCAUUUUGAUGUGUCCCGUCUUCCCUGCAUCAGCUCACGGUGAUUGUGUAGCAUCAUUUCAGUUUUCAGAUGUCAAGCUUGCAAUAUUUUAUUUCACGCUCAGAUGUAUUCGGUUGAAAAGUUUGCGUAUUCAUGAAUUUCUGUUAACAUUUGAUCAGUGAUACAAAACAGUAAUGUUUUUUUUUUUUUUAAAAAGACGUGGUAUCAGCUGGCUUUCAGUGUAAUUAGUGGGCUAUGUGAAUAUCAUAAUUGUUGCUAAUUGUCAAUACACAGUGGUAUUUUAAAGAUAUAUCACAACCAUAUUUUAAAGAAAUCCACAAUAUUGUUUAUAUUUUUGUUAAAGAAAAUGUGGCUUUUUUAAAAGGCACCAGACCAUAUACAUUUGUAUCCCCAUAUUUUGUUUUUUGGUAAAUUAUUUUGUAUUGGUUUUUCUUAUUGAUCUGUAAGGCUAGAAAUCCAAUUUAUUUCAACUGUAGCAUUGUGCUGAUAUAACCACCCUGGUUUAAUGUAAACAUUAUUUUAAAUGUCAUUUAUAAAAUAUUAUUUUUACCAGUUCAGCACACUGACAUGUUGUUUCAUAUUUAUGUCACAAAGACACAUCGAAUAAUCCCCCUUGAAAUUAUACACUACCCCAUUUUCAUCUUUCGUUAUCUGAAUUGAAACUUUUUGUUCAUUCCCAUGAAAGUCUUCAUCAUUUCACAUUUUGUUCUCACUUCCAAGUGAGCCAAUUUGAUCUAUAAGGCAGCACCCCAAAUCUGUUGAUGCACAAUCACUAUAAAAGGGCCAUUACUCUUGGGGAAUUGUUUAAAAAAAUAAAAAUGAAUACAAAAUACAGAGAGGAAGGGCACGUGCAUCAUUCUGGCCGGGAAAGGAUGUCGAGGGCAAGGCUAGAUCAAACGUCCCAAGGAUGACUGUAUAUAUGUAAAUGAUUAUAGAGACAUGUGAACAGAAAUGUAUUCAUGUUCCCUGGGAAUGUGCAUUGUUUCUUCAGAAUAAUAAAAAGCUUGCAACCCCUCUACUGGAAGUGGCUAAAUAUGGAAAAUGAAACUUGUUGGUGAAUGUUUGUGGGUAUCUUUCAGCAUUUUGUUCUCCCUCUGUAAUAUACUUUCACCUCUUAUGUCAGGGGACUGGGACAGCUAUGUUUUAUAUGUAAUAUUUAGCCUAAGUGUUCUAGUCUGUCACCUGCAUACACUGAGGUGCUAAAGCUAAAAAAGGAAGUAAAAACAAGGUUACAAGUAAAUUAUUUCGCUGGGGUGGGAGGAAGGUGGUGGGAGGGACUGGUCCAAAAGAUUGUAACCAAAUCCAUAGUUUGUACAAUUUUUUGAUAUCAUAAGAAGUUGGAAAAAUGACACAAUCUAAGGUUAUUCAUGCAAUGUGGCCAUUGUCUCUAUUGUGUACAUUGUAUGUACAAUCAUUUCAUAUUCUAAACUGGUCAGAAAAUAAAGGAACUAAUUGUGAUUUGUAGUCUUGCAGAACUGUAUGUAGUUAGAUGAUGUGACAACCUAAUAUUUAUCUAAUAAAUAUGUAUUCAGAUGAUA